AAAAGACAUAAUCCUUUUAUGAUAAAUCUGUGGCAGGAUCACUGUGAAGUACUUGCUCUUGGCUGAGAUUAACAGCAAUAUUUCUGUUUGAAUUCUAACUAAACUCGGAUGAAUUUGUUAGAGUUCUGAGAAUAUUAGAUUUCAGAAGAUUAUAGCUGACAAGAGUGGAAAUAUUUGUAAAGAAUAUACUGUAACUCAAAAUAGAAAACUCAAACUAAAUACAAUACAGUAGACAAUUUAAAAUAUUUGAUCUAUUUUUGUCCAUUGAAGAGAUGCCGAAAGCUAUACAUAAUUCAUCAUCUUGUGAUAUCUGUGGUAAAUCAUUCAGGACAAAUAGUCAUAUAAGUAGACACAAGCAUAUUCAUACAGGGGAGAAGCCAUAUCACUGUGAAAUCUGUGGCAAAUCAUUCACUCAAGGUGGUAUAUUAACUAGACACAAACGUAUUCAUACAGGAGAGAAGCCAUAUCCGUGUGAUACCUGUGGCAAAUCCUUCUCUCAUAGUAAUGUUUUGAUUAAUCACCAGCGUACUCAUACAGGGGAGAAGCCAUAUUGCUGUGACACCUGUGGUAAAUCAUUCUCACAGAAUGGUACUUUAAUGAGACAUAAACUUACUCAUACAGGAGAGAAACCGUAUCACUGUGAUAUCUGUGGCAAAUCAUUCGCUUUAAAUAGUGGUUUAACUUCUCACAAACGUGUUCAUACUGGGGAGAAGCCAUUUCACUGUGAUAUUUGUGGUAAAUUAUGCUCAACUGCACGUGAAGUAAGUUUACAUAAACGUGUUCAUACAGGAGAGAAACCAUAUCACUGUGAUAUUUGUGGUAAAUCGUUCUCUGUAAAUAGUGCCUUAACUACUCACAGGCGUAUUCAUACUGGAGAGAAGCCAUAUCACUGUGACAUUUGUAGUAAAUCGUUCUCUGUAAGUAGUGCUGUAAAUUUACAUAAACGUAUUCAUACAGGAGAGAAACCAUAUCACUGUGAUAUUUGUAGUAAAUCAUUCUCUGUAAGUAGUGCCUUAACUACUCACAAGCGCACUCAUACUGGAGAGAAGCCAUAUCACUGUGACAUUUGUAGUAAAUCGUUCUCUGUAAGUAGUGCCUUAUGUACUCACAAGCGUAUUCAUACAGGAGAGAAGCCAUGUCACUGUGAUAUCUGUGGCAAAUCAUUCACUAACCAUAGUAUCUUACGUAAUCACGAACGUAUUCAUACAGGGGAGAAGCCAUAUCAUUGUGAUAUCUGCAGUAAAUCAUUCUCUGCAGGUAAUGCCUUAACUACUCACAUGCGUACUCAUACAGGAGAGAAGCCAUAUCACUGUGUCAUCUGUGGUAAAUCAUUUGCUGUACGUAAUGCCUUAACUUUUCACAAGCGUAUUCAUACAGGAGAGAAACCCUAUCACUGUGACGUCUGUGGUAAAUCUUUCUCUGUAAGUAGCUCCUUAAAUACUCACAAGCGUAUUCAUACUGGGGAGAAGCCAUAUCACUGUGAUAUCUGUGGCAAAUCAUUCUCUCAAAGUAGUAUCUUAAGUAGACACAGAACUGUACAUACAGGAGAGAAACCAUUUGAGUGUCCUAUUUGUGGUAAAUCAUUCUCAGGAAUACAUCGGGUAGUUGAGCACAAACGGAUUCAUACAGGUGAGAAGCCAUAUCAGUGUGAUGUUUGUGGUAAAUCCUUCUCUCUAAAUGGUAAUUUGACUAAACACAAAAGUAUCCAUACAGAUAAGUGACCAUUUCACUGUGAUAUGCAUGGUAAGCCAUUCACUCAAAAAUCCAACUUAGCUUCACAUAAAAAUAUGUGACUGCAGCAUUCACAAAACUAAUUCUAUUUUACAACAGCAAACAAUAUUUUAAAACCAUUUUCAGUAAUAAAUCAUGGAUUCACAUGCACGUUAAAGUAGUCCAUGAACCUGUGACAAUAAUUAUACACAUCAUUUUGAAGUAAUGUUCUUAUUUCUUUAUUGCCAACUAGAGGCUAAACGCAGAGGGGACAAACAAGGACAGACAAAGGGAUUAAGUUGAUUACAUCGACCCCAGUGCAUAACUGGUACUUAAUUUAUCGACCCCGAAAGGAUGAAAUGCAAAGUCAACCUUGGCGGAAUUUGAACUCAGAACGUAAAGCUGGACAAAAUACCACUAAACAUUUCACCCGGCAUGCUAACGUUUCUGCCAGCUCACCGCUUACCGCCUUACAUUUUGAAGUAAUGUUCUAUAGCCUGAUGAUUAGUACAACUAAUUUGUAAGAUUCCCAGCAGUUUUGAUGGUCAGUUACCUAGGAUACACAUACUUUAUCUGGACAUGUGCUAUUUUUUAAAAAUUCAUUGUGUAUGAAAUGACCCAUAUAACCUUGAAUGUAUUCAUGCAGAAAAGAUAUUACAUAGUGAUAUCAAGAACGUUAUUAAAAAAUACUUUUUAAAAUUA